AUGUUCCUCCCCCCGUCGUUUUCUCCUUCUGCCCUAGUCGGCCUUCUUGUCCUCGCUCUCGGUCCCCAGCCCGCCCUCUCCGUCUUCGACUUCGUCACCUUCUCGUCUGCGCUCCAGUGCGCACCCUUCACGGUCCAGUUUUCCGGAGGGUCCGCACCCACCAGCUGGCCGCCACAGCUCACCAUCGUUCCUUUCAACUCGACACCCAUUUCUAUCCGUCUCUUCGAUGCAGCGUUUAACGACACCACUGCGACUGGCCAUGCUACCACCUUUCUCCCUCUAUCGCAAGGGACGCAGUUCUUAGCUUCCCUUGACGAUGGCAACGGCGCGUCCGCAGGUCCUGUCUCCGAGGUACUCACCACCGGCGCCUCCAACUUCACCAGGUGUCUCAAGUCGAACGACGAUGUGACAACGAACGCGUUCUCCGUUACCAGUAACGUAUCGCAGUGUCAGCCCUUCACAGUGAACUACGGCACGGCGGACGCACCAUCUAUCCGCGCCUUUAUCCCCGGCAAGCUCGCUUUCACUAUAAACCAGACUAAAGACGACGAUGCAACCAAUACGGCAUCGUACUUGAUGGAUGCAGCGCGUGGAACAGAUCUUGCUCUGGUGAUCAGCAACGGCAGCGUUGAAGCUACCAGUGGAUUGCUCACCGUUGGAGGAAACGCGAGGAGCAGUGUCAAUGUCGGCAUCCGCAGACUCUUGGGCAUCGAGGAACUCUACAGCAUCGCUGUCGAAGUAAGCCUGGUCACCAUUCCAAUGCUCGCAGCUCAUAACCCAUCCGUUUUGUUCUUCCACCUCUGCAGGGGUGCUAUCAUCGCGAUAGCAGCAUCGUCCGGCGCGGUUAUCGGGACCAUAGUCGUCGCAAUGGGGAUCUGGAUCUUCUGCUCUCGCAGGAAAGUCAAAGCUGCAGCGCGCGCAGCAUCACUCGAAGCAGGAACUUCCAGCGUUCCGCCAGAUGCCAACAUGACAGAGAAACCCCCAAGCCUUGCCCCAGCUGGCUCGAUGCCUACGAAUGCAUCGUGGGACUUCCAAAUGCAGACAUCAUGGGGGAGCUCUCGGUCAAAAUCGACGGAUAACGUGCAGCGCAACCCACUCUACACCGACCCGAAUCUCUGGCUGUCAUCCCCCACGGCGUCAAGCGCGCUGGCUGGCUUGUCCAAGGCGUCGUCGCCUGUUAGCGCCAGAUUACCAAGUAGCAGCUUCUCCCUCGCAGGCGUCCUCCCGACCGCUCGCCUCGCCUCGGCCUCGGCCUUCCGCCGCACCCCUCCCGCCUCGGCCUCCGCCGGGUCUAUCCGCUCCCAGACAGCCUCCCGUACACAAAGGCACUCGCGUUCGCAUACGCAGUCUUCCGCGUGGGGCUCUAGGCACGCGUCGUCGAGCUCGCCCCGUUCUCCAGCGUCCCUUGCGCCGACGAUCAGUACCAUUGAUAUCGAGCACAUCCUCGACAUGUCAGCGCGCUAUGCCCCCAGUAGUAGCGACGCCCGCGAUCCAACACCACCCCUCCCGCUGCGUCAGUCCCUGUACGCGCCGAGGCGCGACUCUAUCCGCAACAGUGCUUACUACGCCGCGCAGUUCCCAGACCUGAACGGGUUCGGGGCAGCGAGGAAGGCGCAUUCGCGCGAGGGCUCUGCAACAAACACGAGCAAUCCGUCGCUUGUACGCGGGCGUGUGACCCCGCCGAACCUACAGUUAGGGCAGGAUCGGAGGAGACCCUCGAGCUCCGCCUCGUCGCUGUACUCACUGCACGAAGGCGAGCGCGAGAGCGCGGGCGCGAACCGCCUGCUGAUGACCUCGCCCACGGUGCACGUGAGCCCCACGGGGGAGGUGAUCCGCGAGCCCCCGCAGGCGAACGUCCCGCAGUCGCCAAUGCCCUCGCCCUUCCCCUCGCCCCUGUGA